ACAAACCCAGAAAUUAAAAAAAUGACUUUAAUACUGUUUAAAUGUUAUAUAUGGAAGAACUGAAUUUCAAUAUUUGGACGUCGUGUCCUUUUUGCGCAGUUAGCUCCACCUCAGCUAGAACGCCAUGUAAACACACCCUUGCUGAUGAUUGGCUGAGACGUUUUAGCGCGGCGUGGCGUAGCCAAUCAGAGGAUUGUUUUUCUCUGGCGUCGUUUCACGGGUAGUAAGCUAACGGAUAAUGCAAAUCUAAACUUAUCUGGAGAACGCGGGUAGUUUUUGGAAGGGUGCAUUGUGUUGGUAGGUUUGAAAGACUAAAUAAAGUACUUCUUCUUGGGAUUAUAUUGGCGGAGAUGCUGUGGUGUCUUCAAGGCGAGGAUUCAAUAAUUGGGUAACGUAAGCUAACGAAGUUAGCUGCAGCUUGCCCAUUUUAACGUUCCGCGCGAGGCCGCGGAGAGUUACGAGAGCUGCUUCCUGAUCUGUGGUUACCAAGAAUGUAGUUUAAGACUACUAAAUAUAUCGUAACGUUGCGCUAAUUGUAGAAGUUGUUGCGCCAACUGUGUAAUCGACCGCACUUAUCUUAAAGAGCCUGUUGGCCUCCUAGCCUGUUAGCACGUUCGCUAGCCUGCUAACAUGAGUGAAGUGACUGACUACAAACAGUCCGGUGACCCUGCAUCGAGGAAACGGAGCUUAUCACUCGAGGAGGACGAAGACAAUGCAAUUCCUCAUAAGUCCGCUAAAGUAAGUGACGACGCAAAUGGAAUUGGACAAACUUCAAAAAGUUGCGAAAACAGUGAAGUUGGAAGUAAAGAAGAAACUCAGAGGAAGCCAAAAGAUACUGUUGCUGAAGAAACUUCUGUGCGGACAGAUAAGGCUUCGGAUCAUACAGAUAGCACCAGUGAGCAGCCCGUCAAUAGCUCCAGCACUGACGGUGACCAUGCCGACAUCACCGAGAAACCGCAGUCCUCAGAGGCCUCGGCACCCACCAAUUCAAAAGAGGAAACCCAGAAAACAGCUGAAUCAAUGCAGCAUCCAUCAACUCCUGUGGACCAGUCCGACUCCGCAGCCAUAGCAGCUGCUGAAGCACUGGCCAGUCUCACUGGCGGAGACGGAGAGGAAAGCCAAGAGACUCCGUGUUCAUCUGCAAAAGUGAGACCAGUGAAACAUGGAAGUAAAAACAAACAGCGGCCAGGCCAGCAGCCUUCAAAAGUUGGCUCAAAAACACAGGCAGCUGCAGACAGCUCCACAUCAGCACGGAGUACCGACAGAGAAGAUAAAGAUGAUGCUGCCGAAGCAGACGAAGGGGAUGAAUCCGUCUCGGGAUCUUCCUCCACACCCAGCUCCUCUUUCCCAUCUGACAAUGAGGACAAUGAUGAUGGGGAGUGUGCGAUUGUGUCGGUCAAAAUGGCCCCAGAGAUGAGGCAGUCUGUUGCUCUACUGGCACAAGUGCAGAUGAGACUUGAGGCUCUAGAGAAGAAGAGCGUCAGACUCCAUCAACGGCUGGAGCUGAAGAUUAAUCGCCAGAGACGCCCGCAUCUUGAUCAGAGAAGCUCCAUCACAAAAACCAUCCCGGGGUUUUGGGUAACGGCUCUGCUGAACCAUCCUCACCUCUCUGCUCACAUAGAUGAGACCGAUGAAGAUGCUCUUAGUUACAUGACUGAUCUUGAAGUCGAAUCUUUCAAAAACACCAAACUCGGCUACAGGAUUCGCUUCCACUUCCGACGGAACCCAUAUUUCCAGAAUAACAUCAUUAUGAAGGAAUUGCACCUUGGCAUGGGAGGGUCACCCAUGUCAUUCUCCAACCCCAUCCUCUGGCACCGCGGACACAAUCUGACCGCUAACAGCGAGCCCAGGAAGUCAUGCCGCGGCGUUUACGAGACGUUUUUCAGCUGGUUCAGUGACCACAGCAACCCAGUGCAAGACGAUGUAGCACAGAUACUGAAGGACGACCUCUACAGAGAUCCACUGAGAUACUACCUCACUCCUCUCUGGGAACCGAGGGAGAACGGCAGUAGCGCCACAGAGGCCAGAGCGGCUGGAAACGGAAACGGAGAUGAUUGCGUGGUAAUUUCUGACUCGGACGACGAGCCGGGGGAGGACACUGGUGAUGCCGAUCGAGGCCGCAACAGGGAGGACGAGGAGGAUGACGAUGAUGAAGAAGAAGAAGGUGUAGAAGAAGAAGAGGAGGAGGAAGAAGACGGCAGGCGAGCGAGUCCAGAUGAGAGCCAGGAGGAGGAAGAGGAGGGUAGUGGAGAAAUUGUGAUCGAUGGCUCUGAAGACAGCGAUCAGGAGGAAGAGGAGGAGGCCUAAGAGGAAAAAGUGAAGAUAAACGGAUGCACACCAGUCAACCGCAGCGUUAAAACCACCUGCUGGUGUUCUUUAGGUCCUCUAAAGACCUAAAGAACUUUAGAGUCUGUGCCUCCAAACCAGUCCUGGGUCAUCAGGACGCGGACGCAGGAUCUCUGGGAAGUCAUCUGACUGACUUCAGCGCUCUGGUUUUUAUAUUGUGGCUGCUGCGUUGUGUGUGUUUGAGCAAGCCGCCGUAGGGACCAGAAACUGGGAAUAUGAAGAGGAGACGCAGUGCAAACAUUGAAUCGUUCUUCCUGGUGUCAUUUUUAUGCACAAAAUAUCAGUCUUUUUUUUUAUUUACCUAAAAUAGACAGACGCUUUUAAAUCAGGGUAAACUGUAACAGUAAAGCCAAGGCAGCAUGUCUUUUCUCUCUAUUUAUAGUCAUUACUGUGUAACUCUUUCCUUUUAUAUCUGCGCACAUUUUCAGGUUCACUGUCCCAACUCCAAAAGUUCAAAAAGAUAGUUUCUAUGAACCGUUUAUAACACCCGACUUGCAUGUAGUUAGAUUUAGCCGAUUCGUCACUUAAUACUGAAAUCAUCAGAGGCAUUAAUAUUGAUCUUUUCAAGCUGUUUUUUAACUUGACGCAUGACGAAGCGAAUAUGUCAUGAGCUCAAUUUGAUAUAAUGAUCGUACAUUUCAGAUGCACUGAGUACAGAACCAAAAUGUCUUCUCAGGGAUGAUCAUGGUGGUCGUUUUGUUGAAAUAACUUGGCUAAUUUUAAAUCAUUUAUGCUUAUACUUACUGUUGAUUGUGUAUAAAGAAAUGUGGACUCUACUGUCGUAUAUAGGAACAAUAAUUAUUUUGAUAGACUACCAGUGUGUUUAUCGUUUUCCUCUGCCUGUGCCGUCACGUCACAUCCACACCUGUAAACUAUCUCUGAUGUUCGAUAAUCCUCACAUAAUUUAAUCUGUGUUUCUGUGGAUUCCCAGGUUUAUGUAAGGCGCCCAAACAAUGCGUAGGAACUUUGAGCUUUCUUUAGACUUAAAUACAAUUUGAAUAACCGAUGUAAACAUCCAAAGUUUGUCUUUUAAGAUUACAUUUCUAAAAAAAAACAACAACGUUGGUAUUUAUGGGUCUCCUUUUACACAUUUGUGUUAUGGCAUGCCUGUUAGCAAAAGUUGUAAGACGAGAUCAAUAGCACACUGCUGUGUAGAGGAAUAUUGCUGUGUGGUAUAAACUUCAAAUUCACACCAACUUGUAAUGCAGUGCACUGUUAAAAAAAAAAAAAAAAAAAAAAAACCAA